AUGAUCACAACGGCAGGUGGAAGAGUUUUGAGAGGACGGAAGAGACCGACAGUUCAUUAUGGUUCUGACGAUGAAAGUAGCGACCUGGAGGUCGUCGAAGAGGUGGCAGUUCCCACAACGCCUAAAAAGAGUCCCUUGAAGAAAAGAUUGAAACGAAACAAUACCAAUGAGCUGCGCACUCCCCCUAGAAGUGUUUCUAAAAAGUCCAAGAAUGUCUUUAUGGAUCCUAACAACAUCUUCAUAACGCCAGUGAAGAUGAAACUACCAGUUAAUGAAAGUAAGCCUUCACUGAUGGUUACUCCAAGGGCAAGUCCCCAAAAACUAGUUUUCGGCAAGAAUAACCUCUACUCUCGUACUAAAGCGUUGUUACAACGAUCUUCCGGUAUGUUGACACAAGCGGAUGGGUCUUUACCAACAAGAGAGAAGGAAUACGCCCAACUCAGAGAAUUUUUGGAUGAAAAUAUAAGUGCCGGCAAGAGUAAUUCAUUGUACAUAACAGGUCCUCCAGGCACCGGAAAAACAGCACAGAUAGAGUCGAUUUUAAGAGAUAAUUUUCACAAAAUAGUUUUACCACAACUAAAUGUGAUGGGUGAGAGGCCUGUCGCUCCUGAGAUUAAUGAGGAUCUUGAAAAUCUCUCGUAUUAUACUUUGCCAAAUGGAGACAUAAAAGCAGUUGCUACAAUUUCCAUCAAUUGUAUCGCUUUAGCAAAUCCAUCGGUUAUAUUCAAUAGAAUUUACAAUUCAUUUGUUAAAAAACAUCCAAACGACAAAAAAGAAGUUAGGACAUCCUUGGAUUUGCAAACCUUCUUUGAAAAAUAUAGUUCAGAGGUUACAUUCAUGGUUGUCUUAGAUGAGAUGGAUAAAUUAGUCAAUUCGGCGAUUUCAAAUGAUGUCACUUCAACAAAAAUAAUCUUUGAAUUGUUUUUGUUAGCAAAGCUUCCAAAAACAAACUUCUUACUGCUAGGCAUAGCAAAUUCCUUGGAUAUGCAAGAUAGAUUUUUAACUAGAUUGACUUCUGAGCAAGAUCUGCUACCAAAAACAAUAUUAUUUCAUCCUUAUACAGCUGAUGAGAUGUAUCAAAUUAUAAUGAACCGUUUGAAAACCUUAAAAAACGACUUGCAAGAACAGGAAGAAUAUUGUGUGUUCAAUGAAAUGGCAAUUAAAUUCGCAGCAAAAAAAUGUUCAGGUAACACGGGUGACCUUAGAAAACUUUUCGAUAUAUUAAGAAGCAGUGUUGAAAUUUUAGAGUUAGAAAUGAUUGCCGCUGCUAAAUCGGAAUCUCCAUUCUUGAAAUCUCACACUAAUAAUACCACUGUAGGGGGCAAUACACUCAAAAAAGUAGGCUUGCCUCACAUUGCUAAAGUUUUCACUUCUUCAAUGAAUAAUUCCUCCACAAAAUCAAAAAUUUCAAAAUUAAAUAUGCAACAAAAGAUCCUGUUAUGUACUCUAAUGCAUAGAGAAAAAUCUGAUAUUUUCCAAACUCAUUGUACACUUGAUGACGCUUACGAUUACUACACAAAGAUGUUGAAAGCAAAGAAUAGUUUGGCACCAUUAAAGAGAAACGAAUUUUUAGAAAGUUGUAAUGCUUUGGAAACCUGUGGUGUCGUCAACAUUUUUGAAUUUAAAAAACAUGGUAAAACAAAAUAUUUCGGCAAAAUGGUCAAGACUUCUGUUGAUAUUGAAGAAUUCGAAACAGAAAUUACUAAAGUGGAUCUAUUGAAAAGUUUUUUAAACUAG